AUCAAUCUUGGUUUACAUAACUAAGGAGAUCCAUCACUAAUGAAACGUUUUUAGUCAUCAGAAAGUAGGUUCUUUCUGUUUACCUUCUCUUACGUAGGAUGGCUAUUCUCUAUCGUUAUCUUUUGAUUGAAGCUUCGGAUUUUUGUAGAGCUUUUAAUAGAAGAAAGGUUCGCGUAAUUUUUAACUAAAUUCCCUAAAAAUAAUCGACGUUAUACUAAAAGUAAAAAAUGAAAAACAAAUACGAAAUGUUUCAAUUUAGCAGGAAUUUAUCUAUUUGGUACUAUACUGUCAUGAUCAUCUGCCAUGCAUCAUGUGAAGCCAAUGUCAAAGGGGGACCCCCUUUGUCCUCUUGGCUUUCACCCACAAGUUCGGUGGCCUACGAGGUGCAAAAGAUGUUUUAGAGACUACAAGGAGCAUGGCAAUCGUGGCAGCAAGGAUGAUAUCCAGCUGCGUAAGGAUGAGCUCACUGUUUCCACGCCAGCUCUUUCUUCUUCUUCUGUUUCUAGGAGUAGAGUGGAACCCAGAAUUCCAGACAGCACCUUGGGGUCCCGAAAUUGGACGAGCAGUUCUAAUCUAAGUUCUGUGGGCAUUAGCAGUAGAAAUGAUGAUGCUUAUUCCAACAAUAGUAGUAAUAGGUUAAGCAGUUCAAAUUCUUCUUGGACAUCGACUCCUAACUUAGCUGAGCCAAAGGAUGCCAAGGAGGAUGUUUCCGUCAGCUUCACCUUACCUCGUCGGAGGCCAAAACCAGAGCCGGACACCGGGCAAGAUGAAAAUGACGAAGCAAAAAGAACACAAUAUACAGUCAGAAGAAGAACGGCUGGAGGUCUGAGUAGUUUAAGCAAUAAUUACAAAGAAGAACCCCAAGAAGCAAAGACAAUAUAUAGAUCUAGGUUACUACAACAAGAAGAAAAACCCGCAGGAGAUGUACUGGUAAAACUUCCCCCAAAGAAACCCUCUCCUGCCAAAGAGGUGCAGAGAAUCAUGACAAAAGGAAAGACACUAAUAGUAAGUAGAGAAGAUUCUUCGUCCAGUGAUGAGGAUAACAACUCGAUGACUGGGAGCAAUAGUAAUAGGCUAGCUAAGGAAAACGAUACCUCAAAGUUACAAGCUCAGGUAGAGCAACUUAAAAAAGAACUUGAGGUAAUGAAAAUAAAAUGUGAAAAGACAGAAAGAGAAAAAAGUGAUUUUAUGUUGAGAAGGCUAGACGCUGCUACAGGAAGAGCCUCGUCCUCCGAGGUUCUUAAGUUGCAGCAAAAAGUGAAUGAACUGAGGAAUACAGUAGAAGAUUUGCAGGUCGAAAAGAAGUCUCUGACCCAAAAGGUGAGGGAUAUGGAGUAUGAGAUGGACAGUGUUAGAAGUUCUGUGUCCAAGAAGGAGAACGAUUCUCUCAAAGAAAAGCUUAAAGCUGCGGAGCAGAUGUGUGAAGAACUCAUGGAAGAAAAUGAAGAUAUGAAAAAAGAGCUUAAGGAAAUGGAAGAAGAAAUGGAUGAAAUGCAUGACAAAUUUAGAGAGGAUAGAGCGGAUGAGUAUACCAUGUUGAAGAAAGAACUGGAGCAAGCAACGAAGAACUGCAGGAUUCUUUCAUUCAAGUUAAGAAAAGCUGAAAGAAAAUCCGAGCAGUUGGAAAUAGAAAAGUUUGAAGCCGAACAACGUUGUAGAGAAGUUGCCGGAGGUCAAAUUGGUUUGGAUAAAGCCGAAAGAAUCAAACAAUUAGAGCAUGACUUGAGUGUUGCCAAUGAAACAGCGGCAAGAUUGCAAAAGGAAUUAGAAGAAGCAAACAGUAAGGUAAAGAGCAGCGACAAGGAAAAGGGAACAAUUGUUAAAAAGAAAGCUCCGAAGCUUGGAAGCAUGCCCAAAACUCCUUCCACUGAGCAGAAAAUGUCCAGAGAAUCUCUGACGAGAGGGGAUUCUCAAGAAGAUCCUGUUCAACUUCUUAGAGAUUUACAAGAUUCCCUUGAGCGUGAGGCAGAUUUAAGAGAGCAGCUUCGAUAUGCAGAAGAGGAGAUCCUUCGCCUUCAGGUGAAAAAAAAAUUAACCAAAUUAACUCCAGAUGUGAUACCGGAAAAAGUUGUUGAGAAACUGUGUGAUAUGGAUUUUUUCAACUGUGAGAAUUAUGAAAAACUGAAAGGGGAAAUGAUUUUGACCCCAUCACCAGUAAAAACUGAUAUAAAUCAAGAAUCAAUAAAGGCCACUGUGAAUGAUAUUCUGAAUGAUGCCUUUGGUCAUUAUAUAAUCCAAAUAGGGAGAGCUGAUGUAUCUGUCCAGACUGAAGAGAUAUCUUCUCUUAAAGUAGACAGAUACGUGCAAUAUGAGACUUAUUAUCUGGAUGAUUCUAAGAAUAGUUCCCAAACUGAGAAUUUUGGGAAUCAAACAAAGAGGCAUUUAAAAAAAAUGACUGACUCACUUAUCCGUUCAAUUUCCUUGCCUGAUGUAAUAAAUAUAGUGCCAAAGGACGCAUCUACUCAGACCGAUACUCAGUACAUGAAUCCUCUUACAAGAAACAACGUAAUGCCGUUUGGAAUGUUCCUACCCCAUGCCCCCGUCUUAUCACCUUUAGCAGCUUUGAUAUUACCUCUAGUCCAUCGACACAGUCCUUCUCACCAACGGCUCACUCCUGAACCUGUGGUGGAAAAAGAUGAAGGAAUUUCAGAUGAAGAAGAUCCAUCAGAGCUCAAAAUUCUUCUUGAAUUAAAUGAACAGGAAGCAUCGGUUCUCAGGAGAAAAGUCGAGGAACUGGAAAAUGAAAGGGAUCACUUGAACAAGAAAGUGAAAGAACUUCAAGAGAAAGUUAGUUACAAAGCUUCGGAAAUGAGUAAACGUGCUCUGAUUCAACGGGCUGAACCAAAAAAAUCUAACGGUGUCUAUGAACAAAAAAUUAAGGUAUUGGAGGAUGAAAUGAGCGAGUUGAGAAAAAAACUUAUAGAAAAAGAAAGAGAAUGCGAAAGGUUACAUGCGGAGCUUACUAUUGCUCCCAAAAAGGUCAAGACAAUGCAAAAGAGCAAAUCACUUGACGGAGAUCAGCAAACUGUCGAUCUGAAACGGCAACUUCAGGUAGUCGAAACAGAAGCUAAUAUUCUUCGCACUAAGACACAAAAUCUGGAAACAGAAAAUGAAAAAUUACUUUCUGAAAACAAGAAACUUUCUCUGAUCGCUGCAUCAAAAACUCGUUCUAGCUCAGUUGAAAGGACAUUGAAUGAAUCCAAAUUGGUUUCUUUAGAAAAACAGCUUGAAGAAAGUAAUAAAAAGAUAAAGGAGCUAGAAAGUGCUAAAAAAACACCUACCGUUAAAUCUGAUAGCACAACAGUAGUGGAAGUGGAAAAGUUGAAAAAUCAAUUGAAGAAGGCUGAAAAUGAGAAGAAGAAAAUUGAAGAAACAUUGCAAAGGCUCAAGGAAGCUGCUCUUACAGAGGCAGUUAAAUUUUACCGAUCACGGACACCUAAGAAGCCAACUGACAUUACAACAAAAUUGCAAUUGAAGAAGAUGGUCGAUGAUCUGGAAACUGAAAUCGCUGAAAUUAUAGUUCUUUUAAAUAAGGCAGAAGAAAAUAAUAAGCAGUUAUCGGAAAACCAGAGCGGGGUAGCAAAUGAAUCAUUGAAAGGAGAGCUGGAUGAAGCCAAAUCAAAGUUUGAAGCUUUGAUAAAAGAAACUAAAGAAGAAUGCAAAAAGAAGGACUCUGAAAUCGAAAGACUCAAUAAUAUGAUUCAAGAUCUCGAAAGUGAUAAAUUAAAGGCUCUGAGAGAUAGAGAUGCAAGUAAAACUAAAUUUGAAAAGGAAAUUGAAAAACUAAAGGAUACUAAGACUGAUUUAGAGAAGCAAAGAACAGCAGCAAAAGAAGAAAUAGAUAAAUUAAAAAAUGAUAUCAAGGCUAGUGCUGUUUUGCAAACUGAAUUGCAGGAAUUGAAGAAACAGAUUGAGUCGCUAAAUAAAGAUUUGAAGAAAGAGAAAAGCUUGACAUCAGAGCUGAAGGCAAAACUUGAGGUUGCUGAUAAGGUAACUCAAGACAGUUCAAAACUACAAAAAGAGAUUGCGGAAAAUGACAAAAAAAUUGAAAAUUUAGAGAAAAAGUUAUUAGAAGUGGAAGAGAAGUUGAAGAGGUCUGAAAAACUUGCAACAUCUAAAAAAGAAAAGUUACUCAAACUUGAAAAGGAGUUCGCAGAGCUUAAUAAGAAGUAUUCUACUUUGGAGAAAAAUAAUGAGUCUUUGUCCAUUGCCAAACAUGAAGUUGAUGCAAAGUUUGAAGAUGCUGAAAGAAAACUAAAGAAACUCCAAGAAGAACUGGAAAGCAAAAACUCUGAAAUAAAGAAACUAGAAGUGGCUGCAAAGAAGAAAGAAAGACCUGUUAAAGCUGGUGAUUCCAAUGAAAAUCAGCAGCAAAUAGCCAAUGCCAACAACAUGAUUAAAGAUUUAACUAUCAAACUUGAGAAGGCUGAAAAAACAAUAAAGGAAAAAGAGGAAGAGUUGAAUGAAAAAGAAAAAGAAAUUGAAGAUUGGGAGAAAAAGACAGCUGAUCUGGAAAUGGACUACCAGGAGUCGCCUGGCGGACAGUUGGCUAAUCGCAAAUUAAUGGACAGAUUGAAAGCAAAUCACGAGAAAGAAUUGAGAAAUAAAGAUACAGAGCUGGCUCAACUCAAAUCCAAAAUGUCGGAAGAAGGGCAAAUAAAAGAACUGAAACAAGAACUCGAAGCAAAGAUUGAAUCAUUGGAAAUAGCUCUAGAAAGUGAAAGGCAUGAAUACGACGAGCUAACUAAAAGGUAUGAAGAGCUAGAAGAAGAGCACGUUGUGAUGAAGGCUACUCUUGUUCAAGAAAAAGAAAAGAUACAGAGCCAACUAGUCAAAGCUGCUAAUGAGAUGGAAGAAGUCGAAACUGAGCUGAGAUCUCUUAAGGAAUCAUACAGCAUCAAGCAAGAACUGUGGGCAAAGGAAAAGCAUAGAUUAGAGGACAAGUCUAAGGAUUGCGAUACACUGAUACUUGAAAAAUCAAGGUUACAGGCAAUUUGUGAUCAAAAACAAUCAGAAAUAGAACAGCUUAGGAAGGAAGCAGGCGGUCUGUCUGAACAAGCUAAUUACAUGAGAAAAGACAAUGAGGAAUUGAGAAGAAAGAUUGAAGAUUAUGAAAAACUUGACAAAGUACAAAGAAAUGUUUCUGGUGACAUUUCAUCUUUACAAGCAGACCUCAAUGAAUACAAGUCGAGAUUAGCAUUAGAAGAAAAAUCAAAAAAGAAAGAGAUAAGUACAUUAAAAUUGAGGUAUGAUAACAGACUUUCAAUAAUCACGGAUGAACUCGUCAGUAUGCAGUCACAAAUGGCCAGGUAUAAGAAAGAAAGAGAUUCGUACAAGCACUUGCUAGAAGCUGCUCGCAGGAACAUCGCUGAUCUCAAAGCUUCAGGCAGUUCGGUCAAAUAUACCACAGAUGAAACGGAAUGGAGAAAUCAAAUCGCCAUUCUUGAAAACCAAAUUGCUUCCCUCGAGGACGACCUUUCAGAAGCAAAAUCUGAAAAAUCUAGGCUUAAAACUGAGCUAAUAUCAGAGCGCUCCCAAUGGGAGGUCAAGAACUCUGAAUUAGUAUCCAGGUUAAAUGAGCUUGAAGAAGAAAGAAUCCUCAACAGCGGAAGAACAAAAAUUACUGGAACAAAAACAAGAAUGGAACUGGCAUGGCACAAGGAAAGGGAGGAGCAGCACAGGCUUCUGCAGGAGACGUCAACCCUCGCCAGGGACCUGAGGCAGACCUUGUUCGAGGUUGAAAGGGAAAGAGACAGAGAAAGGCUUGAUGCUAAGAGAAAAUUAGACCAACUGAAGAAAUCCAACGAAGAAGAACAGGAAGAAAUAAGAAAGAAAUUGAAUGAAAUGCAGUGUGACCUGCUAGAAUUGAGGGAUGCUCAUGCCAAGCUGAGGACUACUAACGAAAAAUUGAGACGUGAGAAAGAUAAACUUGAAAGGGACAGGGAUUUACUAAAGCAAACUAUCACAAUAAAAAAUAAUAUGGAAAAAGAAGAAGAACGUCAAAUUAUAAGUGUCGCUCAAUUAGUGGAAGAAUUGACUGUGUUGGCUCCUGACUUGUUCCCGUCCAAACCAAGGCCUCCUGUAGUCAUGCCAACGCCACCAGCUCGGCGAAAAGGACCUAAAUCAAGAGAAGCAUCACCUAAUCUUGAAAGGAAAGACUACAGCAGAGAAUCAUCUAUUGGGAGAGAUGAUACUAAGAGCCAAGAAGUUCAAGAAAUCUUACGGCGCCUCACUGAAGCGGCAAAUCAAUUGAAAAAAGUUCAACAGGAAGAUAAAGCUACUCUGAGGAGAGCUUUUGGCUCCUACAGAUCCUCUUCAAUUGACUCUGAUGGUGGAAGUGAUAUAUCUUCAGUAAAAAGAAGAAGUCUUCAACGAAAACCCAGCGUCCUUCGUAAAAGUUUAUCGUUAGAGCAGACUACCGCUCAGGAGCAGCAAGUCUGGCAGAUGGAUGACAAAGAGGGAAGCAUGACAAGUGUCCAAUCUUUCGAGGAUUCUGAAAAAUUCCGACAAAGUCUCUACAGGAGAGAAAAUAGUUUAGACAGUCGGUUAUCAGGAGGAUCAACACAGAGUGAAAUUAUUCCUUCUGACAAAAAGAAGAAAUUAGGACUAUUUGGAAAAUUGAAAAAGCUUACCAAGUCACGUAGCAUAGAUCAAGAGAGUGAUGCUGGGUCUACUAGUCAGUUGGAUCCAGGUUCAGAUUCCAGUUUAAACACUGUCGACGAGAGAGUUGGAGGAAAGCAAUUCAAAGACAAACUUAGUGGAAUGUUCAAGAAAUCUGGUUCAACCUCGAGGGGAAAUAGCCAGGAACGUAGUUUAAAAUCUCCUACGACGCCUAAGAGCAGAGAUUCUACACAGCGACCAUUAGUCAGUUCUCCUGGCGAUUCUUCGUCCAGAACGGUGACUCAAAAACCUCCCAACACAGCUCCGGUUCAACGCAAGAUGAAAAAAUGAAAUGCAAGUCUAAAUGAGGAGCAAGGUGUUUAAUUUUAUACCUGUUUUAUAAAAAAGAAAGGAAAAAUGUGUUCAUAUAUAAUUUAAAAAAUUCAAAAUGUCAAUAUAAAUAAUAAACAUAAUAGAUUUGUUUAUUUAGGCUAGUUCUUGUUAAUUAUUACUUUUGAUAUUUGUACAUUGCUAUGUUGUUUCCCUUCAAACCUCUAUAGCAGCUGCCAGUAGGAGAACUGCUAUUUUUAUUUUAAGCAGCCAUGUUUUCUUUUUUUUUUAAUUUUGAUAUUUUCCUUUUAUUUUCAUUGUAAGUUAACAUUGAAUUACAAUAGUUGUGUGAAUGAUGUCAAAUAUCCUACAAGAAUCAAUUACCAUAUAAUAUAAGUUAAUUACACCUCUGUGUAUAAAAUAUAUCUUUUUAAAAAAAUUAACAACUC